AUGGGAUGCAUUCGGAGCAAACCGAUUCAUCGUCUGGAUGGAAUCGAGGAUGAGUACGUCUUCGAUAGCCUCGAUGAAUCUCAGUCUACUGGAUGCCAACUGAGCAUCGUCGAAAGUAAAUCCAAUGAGAACUCCUCUGACAUCAGGAGCCUUCCAGAGGAGAUGGAUAUUGAAAAUGAUUAUCAUGUUGCGAUCACCCAACGGAUCGUUUCCACCUCAAACGACAACGAGGAGAAAUCUUCUAAUGAUGUUAUGACAGAGAGAGUAAAACUCAUCAAGGACAUUGCCGAUCUUCAGAUGGCUGAUUUAAGAAUGGCAAGGGAAAGGUUUCACAGAACCAUUAUCCAAAGAGAUGCCAGGAAAGUAGUUGCGUUACUGAAGAGGCAGCCAUUCACUGAAGACACACAGAUUGAUGGGGAGAACGAAUCUUCUGCAAAGAAAGUUGCAAUGUGGCAAUUGGAAGAGGAGGAGAAGGAGCAGAAGAAAGAGGAGGAGGAGACUGUGGAGGAGGGGAAGAAGGAGACUAAGGAAGAGGAGAAUGAGCAAGAGGAGGAGGAAGGGAAGAGCCUUUCCGAAGACACAGCUGUACCCGAAUUUAGAUAUUUUCAGGAUAUCGUCGCCUCUCAGAUGGAAGAACUGAGAGGUGCUCGGGAGAGACUUCAUCGAUGCGUUAUCAUGAGAAACGCUAUGAAAGUGGUGGAUGAACUGAGGAGACAGUCUACGAGUGAUGCGGAGGAGGAGGAGGAGGAGAAGAAAGAAGAUGAAGAGGAGAUGGAGGAUCAGAACGAAGGAAAGGAAGAGGAGUCUGACAAGGAAGAUAAGGAUGAGGAGGAUGACGAGGAAGGCGAGAGGGAGGGUGAUAAUAAUGACGACAAGGACGAGAGGGAUGCAAAGAAUGGAGACAAUGAUGACGGGGAGCCUCAAGAUGAGGAAAAGGAGGAUAACGAGGGAAAGGAAGAGGAGUCUGACAAGAAAGAUAAGGAUGAGGAGGAUGACGAGGACGAGGAAGGCGAGAGGGAGGAUGACAAUAAUGUUGACGACAAGGACGAGAAGGAUGCAAACAAUGGAGACAAUGAUGACGGGGAGCCUCAAGAUGAGGAAAAGGAGGAUGACGAGGGAAAGGAAGAGGAGUCUGACAAGGAAGAUAAAGAUGAGGAGGAUGACGAGGACAAGGAAAACAAGGAGGAUGACAAUGAAGAUGACGAAGGAAAGGAAGAGGAGUCUGACAAGGAGAAUGAGGAUCAGGAGGAUGACGAGGAUAAGGAAAGCAAGGAGGACAAUGAAGAUGACGAAGAAAAGGAAGAGGAGUCUGACAAGGAGAAUGAUGACGAGGAGGAUGAGGGUGACGAGGACGAGGAGGAUGACAAUGAAGACGACGAAGGAAAGGAAGAGGAGUCUGACAAGGAGGAUCAGGAGGAUGACGAGGACGAGGAAAGCAAGGAGGAGGAUGACAAUGAAGAUGGUGACGAUGGUGACGAGAAGGAUACAAACAAAGGCGAAAAUGAUGACGGGGAUCCUCGAAAUAAGGAAAAGGAUGAUGACAAGGGGGAGGAAGAGAAGAAGGAAGAGGAGAAUGAAGAGGAGGAUGGAGUGAGCGAUGGAGAGGUGGACGGGGAAGACGAGAAGGGGCUUGAACAGCAGGGGCAGUCUCAUGAUGAAGAAAGAGUUGUUCCCGAUUUCAGCCAUUUUCAGAACAUGGUCCAGGCUGAGGUAAAAGAACUGAGAGCUGCCCAAGAGAGAAUACACAGGUGCGUUAUUAGGAGAGACGCAUGGAGAGUAGUGGAGGAACUGAGGGGACUCUCCCUCAGUGAUAAGGAGGAGGAGGAGGACACGGACAAAGGACAAGGACAGUAUGAAGGGGAGGAAGAAGAGGUGGAAGAAGAAGAGGAGGAGAAGGACGCCAAAGAGCACAAAGAGGAAGAUUCAGAAUGA